UCUCUCUCUCACUUGACAAAAUCCUCCCCAUGAAAUGGCUGAUCACUUUGAAGGUGCAAUCUCUCUCUCAAGAGAACUGUCUCACACCUCUGACGACUCCUCCUCCGAGCAUAGUCCAAGAAGUGUCCCUACAUUCUCCACCACUCCUGUGUCCACCGACUCUCCAUCAAGGUUUGGUGGACCCUGCAACAAUACCUCUCCUGACGAUCAGCACCACCACCACGAGGACAUCAGAAUCCAAUCAGUUCAGAUUCAGAGAAAGCCAAGAGGUAGACCACCUGGCUCGAAAAACAGGCCCAAACCGCCCAUUAUCAUCACCAAAGACUGCGAGUCCUCCAUGAAACCAGUCAUCCUCGAGAUCUCCGCUGGUUCUGAUAUAAUCGAAACUAUAAUCAACUUUGCUCGUAGAAACCAUGCGGGCAUAAGUGUUAUGAGUGCAAAUGGGUCUGUAUCUAAUGUUACUCUUAGCCACCCAGUUUCUCAUGCUCCUUCUCUAUCUUUACAUGGACCCUUUAACUUGCUUGCACUGUUUGGCUCUUUUGUUGGUUCUUUUGCAUCGAAUAAAGUACCAUGCGCUUCUUCCUCUUCUUCUCCUGGUUCUGUGUAUUCUUGCUCUUCUUUUGGGAUAUCUCUUGCAGGGGCACAAGGGCAGGUUUUUGGAGGGAUAGUGGCUGGCAAGGUGAUAGCUGCAAAUCAAGUUGUGGUGGUGGCUGCUACUUUCGUGAACCCUACGUUUCACAGGCUACCAUAUGAGAACGAUAAGGAUGAUCAAGAGACUAAACCUAGUAAUGUUGGUGGUGGUGGUACCGCAAGUGAGUCUUGUGUUAGCACUGGUAUGUCCAUGGCUGUUUAUGGCUUGGCUAAUCCAGCCCCCGUCAAUUGCCAGAUGCCUCCUCCUGAUAUUGUGCACUGGCCUGGCCCUUCCUCGCGUCCAUCAUAUUAGGAUGAAUAAAAUGUUCAACAACUUUCCUGGGCAAGCAUUUAGGUGAAAAAUUGUGUUAGAUGACUUGCAGCAUGUGUUUCUUAGUUCUCCAAAAUUGUGUAGGUGAUGUUUAUGAAAGUGAAAUUUAGUUAGAGAAUGUUAUUGCUAUAAUAAAGGCAACUAAAAUAGAAUUGUAUUUCUCUGGACAGCUAGUUUUGUAAUAGUACUUUUAUUUUAUGUUGCCUGAUGUUUGCGCGA